GUCCAUCUUUAAUCUUUGAUGUGUUGUGUUGUUAACAAAAAUUGUCCUGAAAAUAUUAUUACCACCUCUACAGUAGAUCUAACAGAAAAAUUUCAAUCUGCAAUUUCACCUGCAAGCUACUGCAGCUAAAUUUAUCUUGCAGAUGAAGUGUGAAAAUGGAUAGGUUGAGUCAGUUGCGAGGUGAGGCGGGGACGUCCAGGGACUCCACGCUGGACACCUCGUCGCCGCCGAGCGAGUCGUACAUGACCGCCAACGAGAGCUCUUCAAAAUACUUUUCUCUGUCAGAAGUUGACUCCACCUUUGAUAUCUCACCUAUAAAAGAUGUUUCACUCGCGUCCGCCAAUAUGGAAUCCGAGAAGACUAUGACUGAAUCGGACCAGUUGAUAUCCAACCUGUCUCCAAUUGGAAAGAAAGACUUUUUGGAGGACUACAAAAUUGGUAAACAGAUAGAAGCAGCGAACAUAUUGUCGGGUGGUGUGGACAUAUUUGACGAUAAUGACAAUUCAUAUGAUGGUGAUGAGCUUGUGAUCGAUGACAACGUUGAUGUGGAUGAGAAAUCAAAUCCUGAACUAAAGCUCACCGAUACCACUGAAGCAACUCUUGUAGAAACCGAAGCUGUGCCAAGCAAAGACAUGGAAGUGAUACUUCAGAUUGACGGCAAGAAUGUGGAUGCUAUAGACAUCGGUAACGGCCUAUACUUGUACAGGAAGGAGGGGCGGGAGGAGCUGGCCGCCGUGCAGAUCAUAGAUGAUGACCAGCAUCAGUCAAACUUUAAAUUUCUAAAAGUUCGUGAAAAUGCUGAAGGAAAUUUGGAGGUUUAUGAAGAAAUUCAAAUAGAAGUGCCCAAAGAAGUGCCUGUGAAAGAAGAAAAAGGUGUCAGUAAAAGUGUUCCACAUGUCCCAAUAAAAGACAUAAACAAAGUAAUUAGUGAAUCAACCAGUAAUAAAAUUACUGAAAGGAAAACCCAACCUCAAAAUAUUUCGCCGCCGGCAGUUGCUGUGGUGAAGGAACCAGAAGAGGAGACAAAUAAAGAAGAUCAGCCCGAACCUAAAUCAGGAGCUAGCAAGAAAAUGAAAUUUAGUGACUCUAGGAAGUCCCCAGUUAUAGGCAGUUUUACACCUAUGACAUUCCAUUCAACACCAAAUAAAGAAGGGAUUCCCCUCACCAAAACAAUGGUGGACCAACAGUUGCACCCCAGCAGACAUUCAGAUAACAUUAAAAAAACCAUUGAGGUCCACACUGACAGUGCCAAACAAAGAACCGUAGAAACAUCAGGAAAAACGAAAGAUGAUGAUAAAAAUAAGCCUGUAUUGGCUGAAAAAAAUACUUCUGGUGAUAAAAGUAGUGUAGUAGAAUUAGGUUUAGAUGUCAAAGACUUGUCAAAAGAUAUUACAGAAGUUGAUGUCGAAAAAGAAGAUAAAAUGAUAGAAGAGAAGUUGGUGAUUGAGGAAAAAGAUAAUGAGAUGGUGAUUGAGAAGAAAGAUAAUGAGUUGGUGAUUGAUAUAAAAGAGAAUGAAAUUCUCGAAAAAGAUGAAAACAUUAAACUGGAUAAGGAACUCAACAAAUCUGAAGAGACAGAAGCUAAGUCGGCUGAUUUAAGUAUAAAUAAUGACAAGAAAUCAUCAGAACCCUUAGUUGUUGAAAACGAAACAAGUAAACUGGAAAUUGAAGAAGAUCCUAAAAUGGAUAUUAUUGAGGAAACUGCUUUACUUGCUCCAGAAACUAAAUUAUCUGAAGUAAUUGAUGUUACUCCACCUCCAGUUGAAAGUAAUGUUAGCGAGAAAUGUCAAAUCCCAGAGUUAGUUAAAGAAAAUGAAAAGAACACCAGUACAUCUACUGAUAACAAAGAUUUAGAAAAAGUUAGUAAAGAAACUGUAGCUAAGAGCGAUAUUGAAUUCACCAAUGUAGAUAGUAGUGUUAAUAAUAAUGCAAAGAAAGUUGUUGUGGACAACCAAUCAAAAGCUACUGAUGAGGUGGAUAACAUAUUGGUCACUGACAAUAUUGAAAACAAAAAUCACAAAAAUAUUAAUACUUCUGAUAUUACCGCUGCUAAAGAAAUUGUAAAGGCUAUGUGCACUGACAAUAUUGACAGCAAAAUUGUGAAAAAGAUUGAUACAACUGAUGUUGCUAAUACUCAAGACAUGGUAAAAGAUGAAAAGAAGGAGUCUCAAGCUACGACCAUUGAUGCUACCAAAUCGUCUUCAGUUGAGGAUUCGACUUCUUCAGUUAAUCUUUCAACAAGUCCAAUCCCAGUCAACAUUUCUAAACCGUCAAAAGUAGAAGCAGGAAUUAAGCAGAAAGAAGAUAAAUCAGAUAAAAUAGAGAAACAGGAUGUGACACCAGAAAAGAAAGACAUUGAUGAACCAAAAGAUGUAAAACCAAAAUUACCCCAGGAACAAAAUAACGAUACUCAAGUGAAUACAGACAAAAAGCUUGCCAACACCUUGCCCAGCAUAAAUUCAGAUGUCUCUGCCACUGGCGUGGCUUCUAAAGGUGACCCCAAAGUGCAAUCUGCUGCCACUAUAAAGGAACUAAAAGAAAUUAAUGCACAAGCCGUCAAGCCAGUCCCUGCAAAUACCAUACCGCAAACUAAAAAUGAACCAGUCGAAAAGAAAACUUUACCCAAAGCGACAUCGACUACUGAAACAAAGCCAAUCAACAAUAACCACGCGCCUGUACCUUUCGGCAAAUGGACCGAAGCGAAUCGCCAAGCUUUCCUCAAUAAGAUAAAGGAGACGAAAGUGCCUACAAAUAGUUCUAAUGGAAAGCAAAUAAAGAAUUCCAACGAUUUAAACAGGAGAGAUGUACUGAAGAAAAUAGAUAGUCAAAGACAAUCCAGUAUAGCUUCUGCAAAGGCUCAAGAACUGAAAAAUGACAGUCAAAGACAGUCGAGCAUUAACACUGCAAACGCUCAAGAUUUCGGCAGCGCCAAUAGAAUGGGUGUUAAGAAGGAAGCAGCUGCGCUUGCUGUCAAACAGGCGGUGCCGCUCGAAAGUAGAUUACCUGUCAAAACAGAACCGCCUAUCUUAAAGAACAGUUCAGCUCCUGUGAAGAAGACUAUUACUAAGCAAGAAACAAUUGUUAAACCACAACCUCAAACUGAAACAGUAGCUAGUUCAGCCAUGGAUCUUAAAAAGGAUAUACAAAAAAGGAAAGAAAUUAAUAAUCAAGAUCUAAUUGACAAGACCAUUGAAGAAAUAAUCAAUAGGCCUAUCCCUGCGAAAACUCCCCAGGAAGAACAGUCUCAACGUUGUUUUGACGAUAUUGAGAGCCAGAUGAAUGAGUUGCAUGGCAAGCCUUUCAUUGAGCGUCCUAUUCAUGAACUGCCCCCUGCACAGAAGCUUGGACCUAAAACAUAUCUGAAACCAGAAUUACAACAGGCCAAUGUUAGCAAACCCAGCAAAAUACCUAGUCUCUUACCGUUUAGUAAAACCCAGCAGGCUGGGCUCAAGGAAAACGCGCUUGACAUUGAUUCUGAAGAAGAAGUUAUUAUUGAACAUGAGCCCAUCACUGGCGAUAUGGAUCUAGACAAAAAGAAAACUACAAAAUUAGUAAUUUCAGAAAAGCUUCCUGUUUCUGAAACUGUUACCCUGAUAAGUAAAGAUUCCUCUAAAAAAGAAACUAUUAUUACAGAAACUGAUUUUGAUAAAUUUGUUAGGCGUAAUUCUAUAAGCUAUGAAAACUGCUUCACGGUAAACUUUGAUGGCAAAGACCCUCACAACGUGAUACAAAGUAUAGUCCAGAAAGAUGUGGUGUUGAAAACCUACUCUAAAAUAGACUCGUCAAAUCAUGAUGCUAAAGUUAUAUCACCUCGUAAGCGUGAUCUUUUCGCCCAGAAUUGUCUUCCAAACACAAAGUUUUCGAAUACAGUAAACGAAGACGACGGUAAAAACUAUCAGUCCAAAGUUAAAAUGGCUUAUCAGACAGCAAUGACUGCUAAGAAAAAAAUGGAAAGACCGAUCCCUAUAAUUGAAGAUAGACCUGUCAAAGUAGUUUAUAUGGACACAAACACUGAAUUUAUAUCUAACCAGCUAAAUGUUCAAGGCAAAGAAUUAUCACCAGCUAAAAAACUUCCACCAAGCGUUGAAUCGGCUACAACUGUUACAACUGAUUCUUUAGACUCAGAUAAUACAUUAGAUUCAAUAGAAGAAGAAAAAUUGGUUGAUGAAACAAAAAACAAAACAAAACACCAGAGGAAGCAAGUCUUAACCCCCGUUGAGACACCUGAGCUGGAACUAAUUGAGCCAGAUGAUUUAGGAAUUGAAGUUUCGCCCAAAAAGAAACGAAAGACUGAAGCUGAGAAAAAUACAAAAACGCUUGUGCCUAAAAAAUCGUAUUUACUCGGCCGUGGAAACACGAUAGAAAACGCGCCCUCAAAGUCAUUUGAUUUGAUCAAGACUUCGCAAAGGGAAUCUCUGAGCCAUGAUCGUUCUCACAUUGCUCAUAAGAAUACCGCGUCAGCCAUAGAUAGUUUGGUAAAAGCUGCUGAAUUAUUAGAAACCCAAUCUGGUCAAAUUCCUGCGAAAGCACCAGAUACUCCGUCGUCUGACAGUCAACAAAAUACACCCGUCAAAAGAGGUAGAGGUCGUCCUAGAAAAAAUCCUUUACCAGAGGGAGCCACUGAUAAGACUAAAGUUCCAAGUCCGCAAAAGAAACCGAGAUUAAUUGAUGCUAAAAUCGUCAAAAGCAAAGAUACAGACGAUGAUGAUUGGAGCUCUGAUGACGAUGCAAUAGUAAAAGAAAAUUGGACAAUGGGUAAGAUCAAUCAAAACAUAGUUUGCCCAAUAUGCAACAAAUUAUUCCGCUCAGAGAAUGUAGUCUUUAAACACGUUAAGCAUUGCUCGGGUCCUUCACCUAGUCGUUCUGAUUCUGAAAAUAAAAAUCCAAGGAGACUUAGAGAAUCCCAGGAGUCCGAAUCAAGGUCCUACGAGAGUAAAUCUGAUGAUAUGGAGAUUGAGGAACCUGACACUUCGCUCAAAGAUGUUCGUAAGAAACGUAAAUCCAAAGAUUCACAACGUAAACAGAAUGAUAAAGAUGAAGUCAUUGUAAUUGAAGAUACACCUCUUAAAGCUAAGUCAGACAAACGAGAAGAAGCCAAACAAGUUGAAUUGAAAAAGCCCACAAAUAAAAACAAAUUGCCAGACAAAGCUAGCAACCUCGUAUGCGAGUUUUGCGGGAAGACGUUUAGGCAACUAUCGUACUUAGUUAGCCAUAAAUUACAACAUGGUAAAGAUGCAAAGAAACCAGAAAAUGAAUCUGCUAAGACCAAUAAAUCCGUUUUUAGCUGUGAAGUCUGCAAAAAAGAAUUCAGGAAACUACAUCACUUAGCCCAACAUCGCCUAAUGCAUAACCCGAGCAGUGGUUCUGCUAAAAUGUCACGAAAGAGUUCCUCGGAACAAAGUGAGAAUAAGUCAAAAGAGCAAAGUACAUUAAAGCAAAGCGAAGAUCCAAGUGCUGGAUUCAGAUGUGAACCAUGCGAUAAGUCUUUCAGGAAACUUCACCAUUUAGUGGAACAUAGAGAAACUCACGACGGAAUCAAUAGGCAGAAGAAUACUUCCACAGUGCAAACUAACACAGAAAAACUUCCGGCGCCCCCACAGUGUGAUAUUUGCAAGAAAACUUUUAGAAAAUUACAUCAUUUAAUAGAACACAAGGAACAACAUACGGAAACCAGUUCGGAAAAGUCAGACGACAAAAGUAUCAAAAGUUCAUUGUCAACUAAAGAUAUCAUACAUGAGUGUUCCCUUUGUUACAUGGUGUUCCCUAAUGAGCACUCUUUAACUAAACAUACAAUAAUUUGUCAAAGAAAAAAGAGACAGUCGGCCUCCAAACAAGUAAAGCAAUCUGAAGAGACUGAAUUAAGUCAAGACCAAGAAAUAAUUAAAACAGACGAAAAUAAAAUAGAAAACGAAGAUGAGGAUGUUACAAUAGUUACCGACGAAGUUGUUAUUAAGGAAAAGCCUGCUCAAGAGAUACCAAAAGAUCAAAUCAAAGACAAAGUUGAAAAUAAAACAGAGAUUGCAGAAAAAGGUGAUGUAAAAUUAACGACACCAGUGGUGCUAAAUGAAUCUCCAAUACCCAAUCACGAAAAAGAGAAAAAAGAAGACAAUAAACCCACUGAGCCUAUCAAGCAUAAUCUUCCAAAAGCAGAGGUGGUCCCAGAUGUGCCUGUUAAAGUUAAAAAAGUAGAAGAUAAAGAGGUGAAACCGAGUGUUCAAGACACAUUGCGGAAGAAGACCCCAUCAAAAGACAAAGUAGCACCUACUGUUACUAAACGGCACAAACCUAAUCUACCACCACCCGUCGUCGAACCAGAACUCCCUAAACCUGCAGAGUCCAGUGAUGAUGACGAAGUCCGGUACAUGUUAAACCCAGAUUACAAGUUUGAAGACAACGAAGGAAAGUUGUUCAUGAAAGUCAGAGCGAAUAAGCGUAAUUCUCUCCAAAUCGAAAGACCGAAUUCAAAAGAUUUAGUUACAAGACGAAUAUCGUUACAGCAUCCUCUUAAAGUCCCGCGUCUAAAGGCCAAAGCUGUCCAAAACAAAGUGACGCCGGCCAAUCCAACAACCUCGACGAAAACAGUUGCCAAAGCCCCAAAAUUGGAACCGGUGCCCUCCACCGAUUCCGACGACAGCGACGUCAAAUAUUCUUUCCCCAAAAACAUCGCUGACAAACUUCCAAAGUCAAAUAUUCCAGAACCGUCGUCAAAGGAGCCCGCGAAAAAGAUACAGAGAAAAUCAUUGGCGGAUAAACGAAAAUCCCUCAGCAGCAUAGCGAAGAGAAAGUCAUUGGGAAAAUCAGUCGGAGCAAAACUCAAAUCGAAACCGUCUCCCGCGAAGCAAGUCAGAAAACGAACAACAGAAGUCGAGCACAGGUGCGACUGCGGGCAACUAUUCAGCAGCGCGGCGCUGCUGGCGCGCCACACCACGCUCGCGCACACGCCGCCGCGCGUCCGGCGCCGCCGCUCGCCGCCGCCGCCGCCGCCGGACGCCAAGCCCCGCAAGUCCGGCGUACCCGCCGCCAAGCCCCGCCCGAGUGCCGACUCGCGGAAAUCCAGCGUCAAAAGCGACGUCGGCGCACCCAAAACCGCGCAGCCCACUAAACGGAAAUCCAGCAUGAAACUUGAACCCAAAACGCCCAACGAACCUCGCAAGUCGCCCAAAAGCAGCGAGAAGACGGACGCGAGGAGCGCUCCGAUCAACGCCAAGCUGAGGCGAUACGCCGCCCACAAGGGAGUGCCCGUCCCGGAGAAGAUGAGGAAACUUAUGGAGAAAUCUAAGAAGUGAUCCGACGGUUCGGGCCGGCUCUAGAUUGGACUGAGUAACAUUUCCCUGGAUUAUUUCGGAAAUGAUAAGCUAAGAGGUAUGUUAGGCGAAUCGCUAGUUUGUAUAUUUAUAGAUGAAAUCGCGCAUGCAACGCUCACAAUGACGUAACAUAUGGACCAUUGUAACAUAGAAAUAUUUUUACACAGCAGUGGACUAAGUUACAUAACAACAUCAGGUAUAACGAUAUUUUAGUGGGUUUGUAACGCGUUGAUUUGUCUAUGUAUUUGUAAAUUGCAGAACUUCAUUAGAUGAAUAUUUUGUCAAUUUGUUCUACAAUUAGGUAGUUAUAUGUAUGUAUCUAUAAGAUUAACUAUUUAUAUUUUAUUAGCGUUAAGAAUUACAAACAUUUGGGUUAUUUUCAAACAGUGCAAUUCAAAUUUUCAACAAUGACUUGAUUGUUGAUGAUUUAAUUAAAGUUUGUCAUUACCUACAUACUUACAUAAUAGAUGUCUUGUCAAUUAUUUUUUACAGUCGCGUUAUAUUUGGUUUAUUUUAAUUAUUGUACCACACAUAUCUAUCUACCGUUUUCACUGUAUUAUUACGUAGUUAAAAAAGAGCUUACGUUUUUAUAAAUGUAAGUAGAUUUUAAUAAAUAUUAUAAAUAAUUUUGUGAGCUUCCCAAUUAUGCAACCUUUAGUGCUUUGUUGUAACGUAUGAUUUGGUAUAAUAAUAUAGUGAAAUAUUGAUAAUAAUUAAUAUAAUCAGAUUUUUCUGAUUUCAUGAAUUAAUAAAAUUUAAAACCUAAAUUGAAGAGAUUUUAUCCAUAAAAAAGUAAGACCAAAAAUGAUAUUUUGGAAAUUAAAAAAUUUAUUGCAUAAGUAUAUUACCUUAUCAUUUUAGCUGGUUAGAUGGAUAGUAAGGAAGUAAAUUCCUGGUUACUGUUUGUUAAAAUCUUGUUCAUGUUAUACAUUGACAACAUCAUGAUAAUACACGAGAGUUUUACUGUAAAUUGUAGAGGGCUUGCUUAUUGAUAGAUUUAACCCCACGAUUCUACUGGUUCUGCUCACUCAUGACCAGUGUCUAAGCGGCCCCUGCAGUGCAUUCUAUAAAUGCCAUUAAUUUACUGUAAUACUCCUAAAAUUUUAUAGUAUACUAGGACCAAAAUAUUUAUCAAAUUCUCUGUUUGUAAUGGUAAUAAUAUAUUAUGUUGUUUUUAAUUUUAAAUAAUGUUUAUUGUAUUUACUCUCGUGACUAACUGUAAAUGUAAUUAAUUUUCUAAAGUAAAACAGUAGACCGUGUCUCGUGAGAUUUAUGUUUUAGAAGCAUUUAACAUAAAUUUUAUAUAUGUAGAUGAUAUCAUUAUUUUUAAUAUGAUGAUGCAAUUUUGAUUAAUGGGUUAUAAUAAACUGUCUAAAAACUA